UGUAGAUUGCUACUGAUAAGGCGAAAAAAGACAAUUCGUGAAUUGUUGAAUAUAGUGAACACUUGUUUACCGUUCGUAACUUUUAAGCUUUUCGUUUUAGGAUGCAGGAAUCAUAUCCGGUUAUAGCGAAAAUUCCCACUCAUAUUCUGACGUGGGGCAAAUGGGUCGAAGAAUCUCUGGGAGAACACAAAGAAAUCGUGAUAUGCAUAACAGGAAACCCGGGUCUACCGGGAUUUUACACCAAAUUCUUGUCCACCGUUUACGAAUGUCUGGGUAAAGAAAUGCCAGUAUGGAUCAUCGGCCACGCUGGUCACGAUGAGGCGAAGAAAACUCAGUAUACCAAAAGCAUUCCUACCCUCGAGAAUAACAGUAAUUUAUACAAUUUAGAGGGACAAUUACAUCAUAAGGUGGAGUUUAUACGGAAAUACGUACCAUCAGAUGUGAGAAUUCAUCUCAUUGGACAUUCCAUUGGUUGCUAUCUUGCAUUGGAAUUGCUGAAAAUACCUGACAUCAGCGAUCGAAUUCAGCACUGCUAUUUUCUAUUUCCUACCAUUGAACGGAUGGCUGAUUCGAGAAAUGGUUUUAUGUUGACCAAAUGUGUAAAACCUAUUUAUUUUAUAGUUCGAUUGUUCUAUCGCUGUAUUGAUUUAUUGCCAAACUUCCUAAAAAUUUGGAUAAUAUACAUAUAUUUUCUACUUUCGGGGAUACCAAAAUUCUAUCUGGGAACAGCGCUAAAAUAUACAAACCCAUCCGUUAUUGAUAAAGUUUGGUUCAUGGCAUUGGAUGAAAUGGAGAAAGUGAGAGAGCUCGAUUCUGACAUAAUUCUGCAAAAUAAGGAUAGACUCAAAUUUUAUUAUGGCACUACAGAUGGGUGGGUUCCUGUGAAGUAUUGUAACGAGCUAAAGAGUCGAAUCCACGGUGUCGAUGCUGAAAUUUGCACGCGAAAAAUCGAUCAUGCAUUUGUGUUACGUUCAUCUGAGCAAAUGGGAUUUAUGGUUAGUGAAUGGAUCUUAAAGCAUAGAGUUGUAUGAAUCAAAAGGAUAAAAUUCUAAAGAAUUUUACGUAACAUUUCUAAUUAUUCCAGUCUUUUGUCAAACAAAAUAAAGUCGAAAUACUGUAA